CCUCAAAAUAAAAUUAAAAAAAAGUUGUUAUUUGACAAUGACAAGGUAGAAAUGUUUAAACUUUUUUUAAUCAAUCCGGAUUUGACAAACAUUAAAAAAUGAAAGAACUCCUUUCUUUGAUACGAAGAACCCACGUUCCAUAUAAUAGAAGGUUCUUAAAAACAUGGUCUCCGCUUACAACAACAUUCAACACUCGCCCAGCUCAAAACACGAAAGGUGCAAAAACAGGGGGUCUUUUUAACAUCCCCGAAUUAAGUACAAGCAACGGAUUUUACGAACUACAAGAUCAAUGCGCCCGGCGGACCGACGAGUUAAUGUGCGAAGCGGUUGGGAGCUCCCGAAAUCGGAAAAUCGUCGAAAUUUUCGAUGAAUUAUCAAACACGUUAUGCAAAGUGGCCGAUUUGGCUGAAUUUAUUCGAUUGGCACAUCCAGAUGGGGCUUAUUCUAUAGCGGCGGAAUCCGCUUGUUGCGCGGUAAGUGGCGUUGUUGAAAAAUUAAACACAAAUCGUAAUUUAUACAACGCUUUACGCGGGGUUUCUUUAAACGGAGAUAUCAUCAAAACCGAUCCAAUCGACCAACACGUCGCCGAUUUAUUCUUAUUCGAUUUCGAACAAUCAGGAAUCCACCUCGACGAUAACUCAAGACACAAAGCGGUUAAAUUAAACGAUAUUAUCCUGCAAUUGGGGCAACAAUUCGUCGCUGGAACCGGACAACCGCGAUACAUCAAAAAAAAUCUUACCCCAAAGUUUAUUCGAAGCGUUUUUACAAACGAAGGGGAUUACGUAAUCGUCUCUGGGUUACAUGGAGAUUCCGCAAAUCCCGUUAUAAGAGAAUUCGCGUAUCGAAUUUUUUUACAACCCGAAAUGCAUCAAGAAACGAUUCUUAAAGAACUUUUUAUGUCGCGAUUUGAAUUGGCCGAUAUUUGCGGAUUCGAAACGUACGCUAAUAAAGCGUUAAACGGCGGGAUGAUCGAUUCGCCCCAAUUAGUGAUGGAAUUUUUAAACAAUCUUUCGGAAAAUAUCCGCGAAAAAGCCGGAAAAGAUUUCGAGUACAUCUCAAAAUUAAAAAGAACCGAAUAUCCCAACUCAGGCCCAUUAGCACCAUGGGAUAUCCCAUAUUACACCCAAAAAGUCAAAAAGGAACACUUUAAAUUAAACACAAUCGAAUAUUCCCCGUAUUUUUCAUUGGGGGCUUGCAUGGAUGGAUUAAAUCAUUUAUUUACUUCGCUUUACGGAAUCACAUUAGAGGAAGUUAAAAUAAAUCCUGGCGAAACUUGGAUUGAAGACGUUUAUAAAUUGGGGGUGAUUCACGAAGAUGAAGGCCUUUUAGGCUACAUUUAUUGCGAUUUUUACGAACGAUCAGGAAAACCAAAUCAAGAUUGCCACUUCACGAUUCGCGGUGGAAAAACUUUAUCAGACGGAACUUAUCAAUUACCCAUCGUUGUGUUAAUGUUAAAUUUGCCCACCCCGAAAUGGGGAAAUCCGUGUUUGUUAACUCCAGGGAUGGUUGAUAAUUUAUUUCAUGAAAUGGGACACGCGAUGCAUUCGAUGUUGGGGCGUACUAAGUACCAACACACUACAGGGACAAGAUGUAGCACCGAUUUAGCUGAAGUCCCAUCGGUUUUAAUGGAAUAUUUCGCCGCCGAUCCAAGAGUCAUUAAAACAUUCGCUAAACACUAUCAAACGAAGCAACCGAUUCCAGAACCCAUGUUGGAGAAACUUUGCGAGUCAAAACAUAUUUUUAACGCCUCCGAAAUGCAAUUGCAAAUUUUUUAUUCCGCCCUAGAUCAAAGGUAUCACGACAAACCUUUUAAUUCCUCAACGACCCAAAUACUGGAAGAGGUUCAAAAUGAAUAUUACGGGCUACCUUACGUAAAAAACACUGCGUGGCAAUUAAGAUUUAGUCACUUGGUUGGAUAUGGUGCGAAAUAUUAUUCGUAUUUAGUUUCGAGGGCGUUGGCGUCAUGGAUUUGGCAGAGUUAUUUCAAAAAUGACCCGUUUAGCCGCGAACAAGGCGAGCGAUAUCGAAGGGAGUGUUUAGCUCAUGGUGGUGGAAAACCACCAUGGAAUCUUGUCGCUGAUUUUUUAAAAUUGGAACCUACACCCGCUUUAUUAGCCAAAUCUCUUAUAAAUGAUAUUGAAGUUAAGCAAUUGUAGAAAGAAGUUUUUUUUGAACAUAAAAUAAAUUAUUAUCUUGUAAAA